AUGUUUAUGAUAAGGAUGUUGAGGACUAGAGGAAGAGAUGGUAUUGUUGCGGAUCAGGCCAAUGAUAGAGCCGAUGCUCGUGCUCGGACUGAUGCUGAGGAGGCUGGAGUCGGUGUCUAUUGCAGGGGAGGAGUUGAUGAUGAGGGGGUGCCUAGAGUUGAGGAGCAGGUACCUGUUGUUGAUGAGGAGGUGGCUAGAGUUGAGGAGCAGGUGACUGUGGCUGAUGAGAGUGUUGCUGAGGAGCGGGUGGUGCAUGAUACAGACACCAUCACAUAUGCAUCUACUGAGCCAUCAGUACACACUGACGAGGCUUUUCCAGGAGGACCUUCUGACAGGUCCGUUUUGACAGGAUAUGAUGACCAUGUCGCUCCUAGGAUAUGGCAGAGCGAGGAGCGUCCAGUGCUGAAGGUCACUUCUCACGGGUCAAAGUUGAAGAACUUCCCCGAGAGACCGAUGCCUGAGGAGGUGGCGAGGAUAGUUCAAGAGUUUCAUUUGUUGGACUUUGCUGGAUGCUCCUUGACGAUGCUGGACGCCCCGCUAUUAUCAGCUUUUGUUGAGAGAUGGGACCAGGCGACGACGGUGCACAUGGUGAUGGAUGCGUUAGAGGUUGAUGAGCUGGCUGUGCUCAAGGAGUUUGGUGACACUAGGGGCUUUCACCCCAAGAUGUCUUGGUUGAGGAAGGUUUAUCAAGAGCUUGUCGAUGCAGGGAGGUACCAGGAUGCCGCUAGGGCGUACAUGCUACAUCUAGUGGCAUGUACUCUCUUUGCGGACAAGUCUGCAUAUUAUUUAGAUGUCUGCCAUCUUACUCUCUUCAGCGACCUUGAUACCUCGUGUUGGGCUUGGGGAGUAGCUGUUUUGACGAUACUAUACACGACGCUUGAUGCCGCAUCUCGUCUUGACACCAAACAACUUGCUGGUUAUCUGAGCUUGUUACAGUGUUGGAUCUACGAGCACUUCCCUCACAUCUGUGAGCGGAGGACCCACCGUUGUGCGACUGGUGACCCUUGUGCGAUAAGUGGAAGGCCAGACAGACCCUUCCAGGAGAGGCACCCUUGA